AUGCGCUGGAAUGAUGACCGGAUGGAAAGCACCAUAAAAGGAGCAUCCUCCAUACGGUCAUAUGGCAGUGCCAUGAGAGAGGCUGUGGACAGGCUUAGCCGAGCAGUCUUAGGGAAGCCCUGGGAUAACCGUUAUCACCCUCCUGGAGCAUAUACAGGUGAAUUGCUGGGAAUAGAGUACCUUUACAGCCAGACCGGCAAAACCCUGACUCCGGUGCUCCAGAACCCAGAGGAGGAAGACAGGCUGGUGGAGGAAGUAGAUGACGAGGAUCUACAAGAUGAGGGGUUUGAGGAGGAGAUCAUGGAGGACAUCACAGUUCCGGUGCUGUAUGAGGAUGACCCCUGCCGUGAUCUCAGAAACAGCCCCUCAUCUUCGCCUCUGCCUCAGUCCCCAGCAUCACUGGCUGAGUCGUCCACAUCAGCUGGUGGAGAAGGACAGCUUCCUAGCCGAGCCCCCUCAGUGCCGUCACAGCCAUCCGACUCUGGAGACAGUCUCUCUGUUGAGGCUCAGGGAGUAGUCAUUGGACCUGAUGGCAUUGCUGGGUGGGACAAGGUCCAGGAUCUGGCUGCUUAUUUGGUGGGUCUUCGUGAGGCUCCUUACCUCACUGACCUGCAGGUGACAGAGGCCAUCCAGCUGUGGACAGCUCUCCUGGAUGUUGAUAAACAGCGCAUCAACUACCAGCCUCGACAUCAGCCUCAGCUGACGCAUGGGCGCUUUAAGGCACCGAAGCGCUCCGGAGUCACUCCAGGUGUGGAGAGUGUCAAGCGCUGUCUGAUUGGACAUCUUGGGGGUCCAGCACAGUUGCUUAGCACCAGCCACUUGGUUGAGGCCAUUUGUACAAAGCUGUGUGCCGUACACAAGUCCACUUCCAAGAAGGCUGGUGUUCGCACCCCCAGGUGGUCUAAAAUACUGACCGAUUACCACCACAUCCGGGAUCUGGUGCUUGGCAGUCACAGGCUGAUGGAUGAAACUGUGAUCCAGCUUUUUGAGCAAAACCAGAAGACGCUCGUUCAGUGGUAAGCAAAGCACAUUAUUUUCUUUAAAUUACCUGAAUACUUCUAAAUUAAUAUAUAUGAAUAAUACAUAUCAUUUAUUAUCAGGUUUCAACGGAGGCAAAAGGAUCAGGAAAUGAGUGUACUCACUCAGGGACUGACUCCACUUAAUCCAAUUGCUGUGGCAGAUACGCAGCUUCCUUUGCCGAGGGAAAAAUUGGACGAGGCACCGUCAACAUCAGGCCCCAAACACCAGUUUGUCUUUCCUCCAAAUAAAGAAGGACAGGCACCUCUUCUUCGACCUGGUCGAAAGUCUGCUUCUGCAACCACCACAGUUUGCUCCUUCCUGCCAGAUGCCACCACGGUGUGCUCCUUCCCACCGGCCCCCACGACGGUAUGCCCCAUCGCGCCAACCCCCACCACAGUCUGCCACAUUGCACCGGCCCCUACCAUAGUGUGCCCCGUCACACCGCCCUUCACUACAGUGCGCCCCAUCUCGCCAGCCUCCACCACAGUGUGCCCCAUCAUACCAGCCUCCACCACAGUGCGCCCUAUU